AUGGGCGGCUCUAUAUUUGUUCAAAAUACCACGCCCGUUACUGGAUCUUUACUGCGCAUCAUUCCUACUCUGACCCGCCAACUGUGUAACAGGUGGAAAGUCUUUUCGCUCGUUGAGGAAUGGCUCCUAAGGGUUAGUUACCACCAGCUGCAAAGUGGAUGCGACAGUUUGCAGAGUAUAGGAGCAUGGGAAUGGAUUGCCCCAAACAAAGAUCUAGUCUGGGAGGAAUGCGCUCCUGGACGCGAAUGUGCUCGACUGAUCGUUCCUUUGGACUAUGCCAACCCAAACAAUGAGAAAGCGGUUAUUGCCCUUGUGCGCAAACCUGCUGUGGUUCCACGAGAUUCUGAAAAGUAUCGGGGACCAAUCCUUUUCAAUCCCGGAGGUCCUGGCGGAAGUGGAGUUGACCUCAUCAUGGGGAAAACUGCAGACCUUCUGGCCACCAUCGUUGGUCCUGAAUUUGAUCUUGUCAGCUUCGACCCUCGAGGUAUGUUAGUUAGAAGUGCCCAUCAAAAUUUUACGAUGCUUAAACAUGCUUCCAGGGAUAGCCAGACGGACAUGGAAAGACAUCUGUUUAGCUAUACUACAUUGCCCCUUGUGAACAAUUCGGAUGAGGGUAUCCAUAGAACGCUGGCUCGUGCCAAGCUUGUAGGCCAAUUGGCUGCAGAGAGCGAUAACGGCUACUUGCGACACAUGAAUACCGACUACACUGCGCGUGAUAUGCUUCAGAUUGUCGAGGCGUAUGGAAGGUCUAAAUUACAGUAUUGGGGCUUUUCAUAUGGUACUAUCCUCGGAGCGACUUUUGCAGCUAUGUUUCCGGAUAAAAUUGAACGAAUGGUCAUUGACGGAGUUGCUGAUGCCGAGGAUUACUACGCAUUGGAUAGACAUUUGACUAGCCUGAUCGAUACCGAUAAAAUUCUCGAUGGGUUCUUCACGGAGUGUGCUGAAGCUGGCCCUGAGAAUUGCCAUUUCUGGGCGCCGACUGCAGAUGAUAUACGACGAAACUUGACUGUGAUAUUUGAGAGCAUUCGCUCUCGACCAAUCCCAGUUAAAACAGACACAACAUAUGGAGUACUGGACUAUAGGAAGUUAAAAGAGACGAUCUUUACCACACUUUACAAGCCAUAUACGUUAUUCCCUUCUUUGGCCACGGCUCUUGCUGAUCUAUCUGCUGGGAAUGCGUCUGCUCUCUACACGUUGAUUCCUGGUCCCAAGUCCCCUGAUUGUCAAUGUUCUCCUGAGUCAUCUCCAUUUAAUUCCAGUGUCACGGACGCAACGACAGGCAUCCUAUGCAACGACGGCGAAGAGAUCCUUGAAGACGUAGUCGCUUUGGAAAAUCAUUUGAACAAUUUAAUGAAGAUGUCAUUUUGGGGUGAUGUAUGGGCUGGGCUUCGAUUGAACUGUUUAGGAUGGCCCAAAUUUCCCAAGACCCAAUUUAGAGGUCCUUUUGAGGGGAAGACCAGUCAUCCUAUUCUCCUCAUUGGAAAUACGGCAGAUCCCGUUACCCCGCUAUGGGCUGCAAGGAACAUGUCUCGUGGUUUCGAAGGGUCCGUUGUACUCCAACAAAAUUCAUUAGGGCAUUGCUCCCUGGCAGCACCAUCGCCAUGCACACAACAAUAUGUGCGCAAGUAUUUCAUUGAUGGAACUCUUCCUCCUGCAGGAACAGUUUGUGAGCCAAUUAGAGGCAUAUUCUCUGUUCCGGAUCUCAGUAGUAUAACUGUGGAGGCUGACGAAGAGCAGAUGAUCUUGAAAAACGCAUCUUCUGAUCUUCAUGAUCCAGCAUUCUUGCAGGCAGUCAUCGAUCUCAGCGGGAUAGAAAUUGUGUCAGGUCCUCUCUGA